CACUCUGGUCAUUACAGAAUACUGCUGCUAUGGUGAUCUUUUAAAUUUUCUGAGACGGAAACGAGAUUCAUUUAUUUGUCCAAAACAUGAAGAACAUGCAGAAACAGCAGUUUACGAGAACCUUUUGCAUCAGGCAGAUCCUGCGGCUGAUGUUGCCAGUGAGUACAUGGACAUGAAACCAGGAGUGUCAUAUGCAGUUCCACCAAAAGCUGAUAAAAAACGACCAGUGAAGUCUGGAACCUACACCGAUCAGGAUGUUACCCUUUCUAUGUUGGAAGAUGAUGAACUUGCUCUAGAUGUCGAAGAUCUACUAAGCUUUUCUUACCAGGUGGCAAAGGGCAUGAGCUUCCUUGCCUCCAAAAAUUGCAUUCAUAGGGAUCUGGCUGCAAGAAACAUUCUUCUAACUCAUGGUCGGAUAACAAAAAUCUGUGACUUUGGCCUGGCAAGAGAUAUAAGGAAUGACUCAAAUUAUGUGGUCAAAGGAAACGCUCGUCUUCCUGUGAAGUGGAUGGCACCUGAAAGUAUUUUCAAUUGCGUCUACACCUUUGAGAGUGAUGUCUGGUCUUACGGGAUUUUGCUUUGGGAGCUCUUUUCUUUAGGAAGCAGCCCAUAUCCAGGGAUGCCCGUGGACUCCAAGUUCUAUAAAAUGAUCAAGGAGGGAUACCGGAUGUUCAGCCCUGAGUGUGCACCACCUGAAAUGUAUGACAUAAUGAAGAGUUGCUGGGAUGCUGAUCCUUUACAGAGACCCACAUUUAAACAAAUCGUACAGCUGAUAGAGCAGCAGCUUUCAGAUAAUGCCCCCCGGGUUUAUGCAAACUUCUCAACUCCACCUUCCAGUCAAGGAAACGCUCCAGAUCACUCGGUGAGGAUUAACUCGGUGGGUAGCAGUGCUUCAUCUACUCAGCCUCUCCUGGUACAUGAAGAUGUUUGAGUGGCAUCUGGAAGAAGAGAGGCCCAGAUAUAUUAGCUGUUUGUAUUGUGCAGGGGGUGAGAGAGGGACGGCUUCAAUGAUUUCUCUUACUUUUACUCACUACUACCACUGUGUAGCUGAAAUGUUGUUGUAAUACUGUCCUUUACCACACACUGUUACACAUAAACUUAAUCUGCUGAGCACAGUUACAGGCAUCAUUGCAAUGUUAACUGAAGCUGUAUAUAUUUUGCUAUAUUGUGUGUAUUUGCAGUAGAGAGCCUGAUCUGAAGAAAAAAAAACAACCAACAAAAGAAAUCCUGAGCCAGGGUGUGGAAUGAGAUGACUGCAGAUCAGACCAAAUCUGUGGUGAUCCUUCUCUGGAUCCGUGCCUGGAAGGCAUACAGUCGUUUUCUAGUUAAUCUUGUUUUGCUGAAUUUAAGAAAUAAACGAAUAU